CUCCUCUUCGGCCACUGAGAAACAACCCCACACACUACCUGUCACCAAAUCAACUCAUGCAACAUAUCUUUCAUUGCUCCCUAACUCUUCCAAAUGCCAUCAUUCUCUCAUCCUCUUCCUCACUUCCACCACAUGGCUCUUUCUGCUUCUCUGCUCCAACUUCAACCCUCUUCACUAAAGAAAAAAACCGCUGUUUCCAGAAGUUGGGUUCUGCUCGACCACCAUGGCAAACCCACUGUGCUCGAUGCAGAUAAGCAUGCCAUCAUGCGCCUGGUUAAAAUUCACGCCAGGGAUCUUCGGAUUCUCGAUCCUCUCUUAUCCUAUCCCUCCACCAUUUUGGGCAGAGACAAAGUCAUUGUUCUCAAUCUAGAGCACAUUAAAGCUAUCAUCACUGCAGAUGAGGUGUUGCUAAGAGACCCAACUGAUGAUGACGUUGUGCCAAUUGUUGAAGAGCUUCGACGACGGUUACCUAAAGUAAGUGCUUCUGGGGAAGGCCGAGGAGAAGAAGAGACGUGUGCUCAAGAUGGUGAAGGUGGAGACGAAAAUGAAUUUCCAUUUGAGAUACGGGCUUUGGAAGUUUUAUUUGAAGCAAUUUGUAGUUUCCUUGACGCACGAACGAGAGAGUUAGAGACUGCUGCUUAUCCAGCUUUGGACGAACUUACCUCAAAGAUUAGCAGUCGUAAUUUGGAUAGAGUGAGAAAAUUGAAAUGUGCCAUGACGAGGCUGACAAGUCGUGUUCAAAAGAUUAGAGAUGAACUAGAAAACCUACUUGAUGAUGACGACGACAUGGCUGAUCUUUACUUAUCAAGAAAGUCGACCGUUUCAUCAUCUCCAACAAGUAGCUCUGAUGCUCCCAAGUGGCUUUAUGGUUCUCCAAAUACAGGUUCAAGAAUACACAAAUCAAGCAGAGCAAGUGGAACAACAGUUCACAGGGACGAUGAUGUUGAGGAGCUUGAAAUGUUACUGGAGGCCAAUUUCAUGCAAAUUGACGGCACAUUAAAUAAAUUGGCCACAUUGCGAGAAUACAUCGAUGACACAGAAGAUUACAUCAACAUACAGCUUGACAAUCACCGAAACCAGCUGAUUCAGCUGGAGCUCUUCAUCAGUGCCGGCACUGUGUGUAUGUCCUUAUAUUCAUUGGUGGCUGCAAUAUUUGGUAUGAACAUUCCAUACACAUGGAAAUCACCAGGCCACGAACAUGUGUUUAAAUGGGUGGUGAUCUUUGCGGGAAUGGUUUGUGCAUCCUUGUUUUUAUCUAUAGUAUCUUAUGCCCGACGCAAAGGCCUUGUUGGGUCUUGAAAAAAUGUUGACACAUUGGAGGGAGACAUCAGAUUCAGUCAAAAGUGGUCGAUUUUCACACAUUGCCUCAAAACAAUACUAUAUUUUUCUCUCUUUCA